AUGGAAACCGGUGUGACCCCAGCUAGGUGCCCAGUAUAUCAGGUUCAGCCUUACAGUGGGCAGCCCUCCUGCACUGUCAACAGUGUUUCCAACACACAGCCCACUCCGGUGCCUAUACCUCUAACUCCACCUCCCGCCGCACUCAAACCAGGCCAGGGUGGGUUCAAGAAGGUGUGUCGCACAGAGGAGGACUGCCCGUGCCCCUUCCCAGGAUUGGCCUCAGGAGUGCUGGAGAUGCGUGUCAAGGAGGGCAGUAAGAUCCGUAACCUCAUGGGUUUUGCCAUGGCUCGCAUGCAGGGGGAUGUCAGUGGUGUUGGGGUUAGUGGAGGCGGUGGCCUGAGGCAGGUUGUUUUCUCUGGGUCAGGUCGUGCCGUCACCAAGACCAUCACAUGCGCUGAGAUCAUGAAGAGAAAAGUGGGGUCUCUGCACCAGCUGACCAAGCUGCGCUACAAGGGUGUGAGGGAAGUGUGGGAGAGCCACGAAGGGGGGGCAUCGGAGAUGACCGUUCACAGGACUGUCCCCUCCAUCAGCAUCCUUUUGUCCAAAGACCCCCUGGAUCCGCAGGAGCCCGGCUACCAGCCCCCUGAGACCCUCAGUGCUCUCUGGGAGGACAGAGACGGUGUGGAUGCCCUACAGACAGCCAGCAAGAGACCUCUUGGUCUGUCCCCAUACAGUAGUUUCCCUGACUCUAAGAGAGUGUGUCUGGGUCUGGACGAGGGGACUCUGGCUCCGUCCAACCCCCUGGCUAACUGA